AUGAAACAAAAAUAUAAUAAACGAAAUGAAUUUUUAUCACGUGAUCCAUCAAUAUCUUAUGCACUUGAACAAAUUCUUAACAAUAUGUUUGAUCAAAAAAAACGAAGAUAUUAUCAUCGAUCACCUAUAAAAGAUUAUCCACAUAAUCAAAUAAAAGAUAAUAACGAAAAUCAUCUAUAUCGUAAAUGUUCAAAUUCAUUAUGUCAAAUGAUAGAAAAUAAUAAAAUACAAUUUGAAAAUUGUCCUCAUUGUCAUACAAUGUCAUAUUGUAGUCAAUAUUGUCGUGAAGUUCAUUGGACAUUAAAUCAUAAUUUAUCAUGUUUACCUAUGAAUUCGAAUAGAAAAACUGAAGAAUCAACAGUAUUAUGUAUGAUUGAUCGAUUCUCUGAUCAAUUAUCAUCAUCAUCAUCAGACUAUCAUAACAAUAAAACAACAUCAGUCUGUUAUAAAUCAGCAUUUGAAACAUUACCCGUACAAUUGCCACAAACAAUCAUCGAAACAACAACAGAUGAGAUUACUAAUGAUCUAUGUUAUCCAUCAUUAUCACCAAUAGAAAAAAAGAAGUCGUUAAAAACUUUCUUAGCACUUCUUCGUAUUAAUAAAAAACGAAAAUGA